UCGCGACUUCAAGCCCAGGCACAAAGCCAGGCUAAUUGAUCUCGGGAGAAGGAUCCUUUCCCUUCCUGCUUGGUUCCACCUGCACCCUUUGACUUCCGGUGGAAACUGCUGUCCGAUCCGCUACCUUGCCCACACUCUGGACAUCUCUGCUCUCUCUGGCCCCUUUCUCAGCCCUCUCCACAGUCUGGGCCCUGUCCCUUCCUAUGAGCCGUCUUUUCCAGCUUCCCCUGAGCCUUAGUUCUUUCACUGCACUUUUUUUUUUUUAUUGUCCCAAAAAGUUCCCCUUUUUUUUUUUAAAAAAAAAAUCUGUUUUUCUCUCUGUCUUCCCUCAGUCUUCCCAGCCAAUAGCCCAAUGUUGGGCUUUUCUCCACAGUGCUGUUUAAGCUGAUUAUUUUGUGUUGGAAAGCCCCAAUGCCUUGCUUUAAGUUGUUAAAAAUUCCUACCAUCCCUAGCCAGAGUUUCUGCCAUGAGUCCUGUCCUGCCUGGAAGCAGGGCUGUUGUGUCCCUGCACAAAGCAGCCCUCAGGCCUUCCCCAGCGUCCUCUCCACAGCCUUCCUUCACUUCCAAGUAUCCUCUGCUUCUGGCAGCUAUGGGACCCCUGCCCCUGGCUUCUCCUCCAUGCUGUAUGGAAUGAAGAUUGCCAAUCUGGCCUUCGUCACCAAGACUCGGGUCAGGUUCUUCAAACUAGACCGCUGGGCUGAUGUGCAGCUGCCAGAAAAGAGGAGAAUAAAGCCAGGAUCAAACAUCAGCAAACAACACAGAUCCCUGUUGGCUAGGGUCUUUCACGACAGGGCUGAAUAUCUUCAUGGAAAGCAUGGGGUAGACGUGGAAGUCCAGGGUCCCCAUGAAGCCCGAGACGGACAGCUCCUUAUCCGCCUGGAUCUGAACCGCAAGGAGGUACUAACCCUACGGCUUCGGAAUGGAGGAACCAAGCCUGUCACCCUCACUCAUCUAUUCCCACUGUGCUGGACGCCCCAGUUUGUCUUCUACCAUGGAGAACAGGACCUGCCCUGCCCACUGGGCCCAGGUGAAAGCUAUGAUCUCCAUGUCUACUGUAAGACCAGCAUUGUAGGUUACUUCCCAGCCACUGUCCUCUGGGAACUGCUGGGACCCGGGGAGUCAGGAUCAGAAGGAGCAGAAACUUUCUACAUUGCCCGCUUCCUGGCUGCUGUUGCCCACAGUCCCCUGGCUGCACAGUUGAAACCCACAACUCCCUUCAAACGCCCCCCUCGGCUCACUAGAAACUCUGUGUUGACCAACCGCAUCGAGGAAGGAGAGAGGCCUGACCGAGCCAAGGGCUAUGAACUAGAGCUAAGUUUGGCCCUGGGGACCUAUUACCCACCCAUCCGCCUCCGACAACUGCUCCCUACCCUUCUUCAGGGACCAAGUAUCUUCACUUCCCCAAAGGAGGUCGCUGAGAUCAAAGCCCAGUUGGAGACAACCCUGAAAUCCAGGAACUAUGAGGUGAAGCUCCGGCUACUGCUGCACCUGGAGGAGCUGCAGAUGGAGCAUGACAUCCGGCACUAUGACCUGGAGUCGGUACCCAUGACCUGGGACCCUGUGGACCAGAAUCCCAGGCUGCUUACGCUGGAGGUUCCUGGUGUGACAGAGAGCCGUCCUUCAGUGCUGCGGGGUGACCACCUUUUUGCCCUUUUGUCCUCUGAGACCCACCAGGAGGACCCUGUCACCUACAAGGGUUUCGUGCACAAGGUGGAACUGGACCGUGUCAAGCUGAGCUUUUCUCCAAGCCUCCUGAGCCGAUUUGUGGAUGGGCUGACCUUCAAGGUGAACUUUACCUUCAACCGCCAGCCCCUUCGGGUCCAGCAUCGGGCCCUAGAGUUGACGGGGCGUUGGGUGCUAUGGCCCAUGCUUUUUCCUGUGGCCUCCCGUGGGGUCUCGCUGCUGCCCUCAGAUGUGAAGUUCAAGCUGUAUGAUCGGAGUCUGGAGUCGAACCCUGAGCAGCUGCAGGCCAUGAAGCACAUUGUGAGGGGCACCACCCGGCCUGCCCCCUACAUCAUCUUUGGGCCUCCAGGUACUGGCAAGACUGUCACAUUAGUGGAGGCCAUCAAGCAGGUAGUGAAGCACUUGCCCAAAGCCCACAUCCUGGCCUGCACUCCAUCCAACUCAGGGGCUGACCUCCUCUGUCAGCGGCUCCGGGUCCACCUGCCCAGCUCCAUCUACCGUCUCCUGGCCCCCAGCAGGGACAUCCGAAUGGUACCUGAGGACAUUAAGACCUGCUGUAACUGGGAUGCUAAGAAGGGAGAAUAUGUGUAUCCAGCCAAGAAGCACCUGCAGCAAUAUCGGGUCUUAAUUACCACCCUCAUCACUGCCAGCAGGUUGGUGUCAGCCCAGUUUCCCAUCGAUCACUUCACACACAUCUUCAUCGAUGAGGCUGGCCACUGCAUGGAGCCUGAGAGUCUGGUGGCCAUAGCAGGACUGAUGGAUGUCAAGGAAACGGGUAAUCCUGGAGGGCAGCUGGUGCUGGCAGGAGACCCUCGGCAACUGGGGCCUGUGCUUCGGUCACCACUAGCCCAGAAGCAUGGACUCGGCUACUCUCUGCUAGAGCGCCUACUCACCUACAACUCCUUGUAUAAGAAGGGCCCCAAUGGCUAUGACCCCCAGUUCAUCACCAAACUGCUCCGCAACUACAGGUCUCAUCCCACCAUCCUGGACAUCCCUAACCAGCUGUACUAUGAUGGAGAGCUGCAGGCCUGCGCAGAUGUGGUGGACCGAGAACGGUUCUGCCGCUGGGAGGGACUACCUCAACAGGGCUUCCCCAUCAUCUUCCAUGGUGUAAUGGGCAAAGACGAACGGGAAGGCAAUAGCCCAUCCUUCUUCAACCCUGAGGAGGCUGCUACAGUGACGUCAUACCUGAAACAGCUCCUGGCCCCUUCCUCCAAGAAGGGUAAAGCCCGCCUGAGCCCCCGAAGUGUGGGCGUCAUCUCCCCGUACCGGAAGCAGGUAGAAAAAAUCCGUUACUGCAUCACAAAACUUGACCGAGAACUUCGAGGACUGGAUGACAUCAAAGACUUGAAGGUGGGCUCGGUGGAAGAGUUCCAAGGGCAAGAACGCAGUGUCAUCCUCAUCUCCACCGUCCGAAGCAGCCAGAGCUUUGUCCAGCUGGACCUAGACUUUAACCUCGGUUUCCUUAAGAACCCCAAGAGGUUCAAUGUUGCUGUGACCCGGGCCAAGGCUUUGCUCAUCGUAGUGGGCAAUCCCCUCCUCCUAGGCCACGACCCGGACUGGAAAACGUUCCUGGAGUUCUGUAAAGAAAACGGGGGAUAUACCGGAUGCCCCUUUCCUGCCAAACUGGAUCUGCAGCAGGGCCAGGACUUGCUCCAAGGGCUGAGCAAACUCAGCCCCUCUACCUCAGGGCCCCGCCGUCACCAGAAUUUCCCCCAGGAGCGGGAGGGUGAAGGGUGCCUGCCCUUACAAGUGGAGCCAGAGUGGAGAAAUGAGCUCUGAGGGCACAGUGCCCGCCUUCUCACACCAGCCAAGCCUUAUUGCUGCCUAUCCCUGACCCAGAACCCAGCUCACCUGUCCCUGCACGAGAUGGGAAGGCUGGGAAGUUUACAGCCCAGACCAUUCUGCCCCUUCCUCUGCUAGGGAAGACAACCCAAGCUGCUAAAACUUGGAGGAAUGGGGCGGAAGAAAGCUUUUGUACCUUCUCCUUUGCAGUGCUGGGGACUGAACCCCAGAGCCUCAAAUAUGCUAGGCAAGCGCUCUACCGCUGAGCUGCUCUAAGAAAAACAAAAUGCUGUUCUAUGCAAAA